GUGCUCAUGGCUCUCCAGGCUGCUGCUCUGCUUCCCUCUGCUUUCUCCAUUCCCAGAGAGGGAAAGCCUAGUGUUUCUUUGAAGGACUCUUCUCUUUUUGGAAUUUCACUCUCUGAUCAUGUCAAAGCUGAAUCCAGCAAUUCUGCAUUAAGAUUCAAGAAGGAAUCAAACCAAUGGCAGCUAGCUCAUGGGGCUAUAAGAGCACAAACAGCAGCUACCACGACUCCGGCAGUCAACCAGGCUGCACCUGAAGGGAAGAAAACCCUAAGAAAGGGCAGUCUUGUGAUCACAGGAGCCUCCUCCGGAUUGGGUUUAGCCACAGCCAAGGCUCUAGCUGAAACAGGCAAAUGGCAUGUAAUCAUGGGCUGCAGGGACUUCCUAAAGGCCAAAAGAGCAGCCAAAGCGGCCGGCAUUGCCAAAGAGAACUACACAGUCAUGCAUUUAGACCUUGCCUCACUUGACAGUGUUAGGCAAUUUGUUGACAACUUCAAGCGAUCAGGUCGGCCACUUGAUGUCCUGGUUUGCAAUGCUGCUGUCUACUUGCCAACUGCUAAGGAGCCAACUUUUACUGCUGAAGGGUUUGAACUUAGUGUUGGGACUAACCAUCUUGGACACUUCCUCCUUUCGCGGUUGAUGCUCGAUGACUUGAAGCAGUCUGACUAUCCAUCGAAGCGCCUCAUCAUUGUCGGCUCAAUUACAGGUAACACGAACACCUUGGCUGGGAAUGUGCCUCCAAAGGCCAACCUAGGGGACAUGCGAGGGCUUGCCGGAGGGUUGAAUGGACUAAACAGCUCAGCCAUGGUAGAUGGUGGAGAAUUUGAUGGUGCCAAGGCAUAUAAAGACAGCAAGGUUUGCAACAUGCUCACUAUGCAAGAGUUCCACCGACGUUACCAUGAGGAAACUGGUAUCGCCUUUGCUUCCCUUUACCCAGGUUGCAUUGCCACGACAGGUUUGUUCAGGGAACACAUCCCCUUGUUCAGGCUCCUUUUCCCUCCAUUCCAGAAGUACAUCACCAAGGGCUUUGUAUCCGAAGAAGAAGCUGGAAAGCGACUUGCACAGGUUGUGAGUGAUCCGAGUUUGACAAAGUCAGGUGUCUACUGGAGCUGGAACAAGGACUCUGCAUCCUUUGAGAACAAAUUGUCUGAAGAAGCGAGUGAUGUGGAGAAAGCUCGGAAAGUAUGGGAACUUAGUGAGAAACUUGUGGGUCUGGCAUAAAUGAGAGAGACAGAGAGAGAGCUUUGAGAUAGGAUUCUUAACAUCAGACUAAUCUUCGUGGUGGGGGAGGACGCUUAACUGAAUAUCAGAAUCCUGUUUUGAGUACAUGGAAUUUGGAUAUGGUGUUGUGCCAAAAUGUGAGCAAUUUUCUCUUGUAAAGUAGAUGACUUUUGAGUCUAGUUGUCAAUAAAAUCAGUACCUUGUUUAUCUAAUGUCAAUUAAUUUGGCAGUUUCAGCAUGAAGAAAAA